UUUCAUAUGGAGUGGCCGGCCCAGUCUAAUGAAACCCAUAGGGUGCGCAUUACGCUGCCGGCGCAUCAAAUUUGACGUCGGCCCUAGCAUCUUUCUCGCGAAUCAAACGGGAAGCCGAAGCGAAGGCAAAGGAAAGAGCAAGGACUGGAGGAUAUGGGGGAUCUGUUUGCAUGGAUAUUCUCCUUCUUCAUCCUCAUUGCCCUCCUAGUCCUCGUUGUUUACCAGCUCAUGUGCUUGGCAGAUCUGGAGUUUGAUUAUAUCAACCCCUAUGACUCUGCAUCUCGGAUAAACAAGGUUGUUUUGCCGGAGUUUAUCACACAAGGAGUCUUAUGCUUGUUCUAUUCCCUAACAGGCCAUUGGUUUAUGUCACUCUUGUGUGGUCCAUACCUGUACUACAAUGUGAGACUGUACCAACGAAGACAGCACCUGAUAGAUGUAACUGAGAUAUUCAACUUGCUCAAUUGGGAAAAGAAGCAACGGCUCUUCAAACUUGGCUAUCUAAUUUUUCUCCUCUUCCUUUCCAUAUUCUGGUACUCUGAUCAAAGAAAAGCUGCUGCCUACAUGUACUUACUGCUUUCAUUUCUGAGGCCACUGGAAUGAGAUUGUUUGACCUUUUUUGUGUGUAUUGUAGGAUGAUUUUGAGCGCAUUGGAGGAUCAUGAUAAUGAUUAGCUUGGCAAGGAUGGUUGUUUUACGGGAUAUCAUCAGUGUAAUUACUCAGUACCAUUAUGGCUGCCUUCUAUCGGAUGAUUGCAUUCAAUUGCUGCCAUGUUUCUACACCAAGGUUGUUGUAACUGAUAUGCUUUGGGAGAAGUUUCAGGGUUUGGAAGUAGGUUUCCUCGUCUAUUUAUGAUAGCAUGUCUCUAAAUUGUUGUAUGCUUGCAGGAUAUUUUUUUGAUUUUUUAAAAUGCAAUUUUAAGUCAUUUAUAUUUUCUUUCAA